AUGGGCAACAACGCCUCCCGCCCCGGCGUCCCCGGGCGCCGCCGCUCCGCUCCUGCCGGUACUGGCGAGGAGCCCACGAUGCCUCCUCUGGAGCACUCGCAAUCCGAGCAGCCGUACCGGGACGACGACGCGGCGUCGAUCGCGCCUUCCUUCGCGGGCACGCUCGCCAGUAUCUUCAGCGAGCGUACCGCGGUCUCCGACCGAACCAUGCUCGACAAUGCCUCGCUCUACUCGUCGACGGGCACGGUUCUCGACGAGGCGGUUGUCCCUCCCUCCGACGCGAUCCGGGACGGCAUGGCCUCGGCCAUGGAAGCGCUGAACGGGGAGAAGGGCUGGUCGGCGACAGUCGCCACUGCGCAGCUCGAGUGGCUUGCGCAAGAUGCUGGGCGCCGGGCGCGCUGGCUCCGCGCCGAGGUGGCGAUGCAGCAGCGCCGCGCGAAGCGGAACAAGCGCGGCAUGGCACGCCGCCACUCGGGCGGGAAGCAGCAGGUGUUCAACCUCUCACUGGCGGGCGAGGAGAGGGCGAAGGAGGAGGACGCGGCCGUCGUCCGCCGCCUGGCGAUGGAGAGGAUGGCGGGCCAGCACCGGACCCGCUCUGAGGAGUUGGCAAAGGAGAUGCUCGAGCAGGCGCUGGCCGAGAACCCUCUCCCGCCCCCCUGUGAGGAGGCCGAUGAGGAGCGGAACGCGCUCGAGCUCGCCGUCCGAGGCGCGCACAAGGAGGCGCGCGACCAGUACCACGCCACCUGCAAGGAGGCGGCGGACGCACACGCCACGGCCCUCAGGAACGCAGACAUCGCACACGGAAAGGCAUACUCGGCCGCCAAGGUGCGGUACAUGGGCGCGACGCUGCGGGCCCCCGACCUCCCGACCGGUGGCACGAGCAUGCGCCAGGCGAGCGUCGGGCCCAUCUGGGAGUAA